GAGUCUACAAGAACGAAUGCAUAGCAGUUUUAUAGAGAUACACGAAGAUAGCACGGAUUGACAAUAAUCGAAUGCAACAUUCAAAAACUCUUUAUGAGAAAGGCAUCUUAAAGAAUAUAAGGAUGUUAACACAACGGCAGUACUCGAAUUUUAAAUUCGUGGCACGUUUGGAUCAGAUCAAGACUUUCUAUACAGGCAUUAAAUCAUUGAAUUUUGAAAAUAAUGGAAAAUUCCAAAUUAGUGAAGACGGCGUACGUGUCACAGUAGAAGAAGGCCAAUGUGUACAAGCCAAUUUGUAUAUGACCGCUUCGUGCUUUGCUGAAUUUCACGUUGUAGAUAUGGUGACUUUUGGCAUAAACAUGAAUAUCAUAUCCGAGUGUUUGGGUCUCUUUGCUGGCGUUCCUUGCAGCUUAAAAAUGUUCUACAAAGGUCAUGGAGCACCACUUGUGCUAGUGCUGCGACCCAACGACGAAGCUGAUAUUUCUGCAGAAUGCUCCAUCAAAACAACCAACGUUGAUGAUGUAAUCGAUUACAAUCUUGACGAGAACAGUUCUAGUUUGAAUGUCGUCUUUGUGAGGGGCCCGUCGUUAGCGCAUCUCUUUCAAGAGUUAAAUAAAGCAGCAGACGAGUUGAGAAUUACUUUAUCGCCUCGACAACCACAUUUUAAAAUCGAAACAUUAGGUGUGGUGAAAACCGAGACGUUUGUUGAAGUAGCCAAAACUAGUGAUAUGAUGAUGUUAUUCAAUUGUCGGGAGACUACAUCGGCAUGUUAUCGUAAUACUGAGAUACGUCUGACUCAUAAAGCUUUGGCGGCCGCCACUAAGGUAGCAAUAAAAACAGACUCAAGCGGUUUAUUGGAAAUGCAUUUCAUGAUGCAAUCCGAAGAACAGGCGGAGGUGUAUGUACAGUUUUAUAUAAUGCCACUAGCAGAUGUUUGAGUUCCUUCGCGCUGCUUCUUUAAGGUAUCCAAUGUAGUGAAGUAAAUGUUUUUGUUUAAAACCGUUCUAGGUUAAAGCUAUUAC